AUGGCGGGUUCAAAAAAAGAGAGACCUAAACCUCUUCUGACUGUUCAGCCUGAACCAUCCCAGAUAUUCAUUGGAGAUAAAGUCACUCUCACAUGUGACAUACAGGGUGAAGGUUGGACAUACACAUGGCAGUGUGGAGGUAGAGGGCAGGCCUCUAAGAAGAAAGAGUUCAACAUCACUGCAGUGUCCAAACAGAAACGACAUGAGGGAGAACCUAAACCUCUUCUGACUGUUCAGCCUGAACCAUCCCAGAUAUUCAUUGGAGAUAAAGUCACUCUCACAUGUGACAUACAGGGUGAAGGUUGGACAUACACAUGGCAGUGUGGAGGUAGAGGGCAGGCCUCUAAGAAGAAAGAGUUCAACAUCACUGCAGUGUCCAAACAGAAAUACAAACCCAAAAUAACUGUAAAGCCCCAGAGUUCAGUGUUCACUGGAGACACAGUUACUCUGAGCUGUAAUGUGGGACAGUCAACUGGAUGGACAAUUUUCUGGUUCAAAGACUUCACGAGAAUAAAAACUGGUGAUAAAAUGGAAAUACUGAGUAAUGUGAGUAACUCUAAUGGAGGACAGUAUAGGUGCAGUGCAAGAAAAGGAAAGUACUUCACAAUUCAAAGUCAAAGAGUUGUGCUACCAGUAAGUGAGAGACCCAAGCCUGCAGUGCGUGUUCAGCCUGAUGGACAUGUGUUCAGAGGACAGACGGUCACUCUCACAUGUGACAUACAGGAGACAGACGUCAGCAGCUGGAGCUACAGCUGGAAUAAAGAUGAUUCAGUGAUUCAUGUCAGUCAAUCACAGGAAUACCGAAUCAGUUCUGUUAAUGAAUCUCACACGGGUAAUUACAGCUGUACUGGAAGAGAAACACAAGGAUCACGAUACUCACACACCAGUGAUAAAGUUACACUGACCGUAUCAGCUCCGUUAUCAGUUCUCAAACUGCUCAGUUUUCUGCUGGCAGCUUCUCCAUAUCUGCUAGUGUCCGUCAUACUGGGAGUCAAGUGCUACAGAGCUCAUGUUCAGACUGAUGAUCAGUGCUGUCACAGAGGAGUGAAAAUCUACAGCUGUGAUGAAUAAACCCCAUCAGUAUUCUGUUUUUCUGUUUAACAGUAUUUUUGGGGUCUGAAUUAGACAAUAAUCUCUAAGUUCAAAUGAACUCUGCUUGAGUCACAUUAGUUUACUCUUUUAAAUCUUUGCAUUACACACUGUAAAACUUCUAAGCCAAAUUCUAACAGUAACAUACCAUUGAAAACAAUGCAUUGAAUCUUGUUUUCUUCUGUCAAAACAACUGCACUGAACAUACCUGUCUGAGUGCCAUAAGUAUUAUUUUUUUCCAAAUAAUGCAAUAUGGUUUUAGAUUCUAGUUCUUAAUAAACCUUUCUUUUGGAAUCAUCAUUUUCAAGGCCCUACAUGAUUCAGUCCCAGGGAUAUGGGGACCUCAAUGAGGCUCCAUAUUCA